GCUGACAUGAUCGUCUUGGCGAGGGACUGGCAGAUCUCUAAUCUUCCCGUGCAAGGCGGAACGCACAGCCAUCUUUAUCAUCCUCUUCCUGAUCACAUUGUACAGGCUGGUCGUCUUUGGUCGUUUCAAUCGGACGUGAGCAUCUUAGCACGCCACGAAAUUUCUUGCACCACCAACACUAAAUCUCAAAUUUCCCAUCGCCGUUCUCUUUUCCACAGAGUCUUCAUCAACAUGUUUCCGCUGGCCCUGUUCUGCUUGUUGAUGGUUAUCGCCAUGGGUACACGGUGGGUCCAUCCCCUUCCUGUCCGGCAUUGACGAG